AUGAAAUCAAUAAUAUUUAUAACUUUUUUUAUUUUUUUUUUAAAAAAAUUAAAUGGAUUACCAAAUGGAUAUGGAGUAGGAUUAGUUGACCCAAAUGGGCAAUGUAUGAAUUAUAUUGGUGAUUCAAUUGACCAACCAUUAUGUAAAAACAAAUUAUCAAAUAAUGGUGAAUUUAUUUAUUCUACAAUUGGAAAUUCAUUAAAUUCACAAACUUUAUCACAACAAACAAUAGCAAAAUCAUUUGAAGCAUUAACAUUCAUUCAAAACCAAUGUCAAGAUUUAUUAUUUGCAGAAUACGGAAUUUGUAAUAUUUAUUUAUCACCAUGUAUUAUAACAACUGUAGCACCAUUGAAAAAUAUAUCGCUGCCACAAAGAUUAUGUAAUUCAGCAUGUCAAAGAAUGGUUACCAACUGUCCAAGGCUUGGAGAAAAAAUUGAUUGUUCAAUUUCAUUUUUAUUUCCAGAAGUUGGGACACUGUAUAACCUAUCUGAUUACGGCUAUAAAGCCAAUGGUGGUUUAUAUGAAGUACCAUGUUUUAAUCCAACUGCUGAUUAUGACAAUUCCUCUAGUUUAAAUGAAUUUAUUGAAAUAUGUCCCUCUCCAUUAUUAUUAAAGAAUUCAAGUGAUCCGAAAUAUUCAAAAAGAGGCUAUACUUAUCUUCCACCCACAAAUUGCGUACUUCCAUGUCCAGUUCCAAAUUAUACAAAAGAAAAAUGGAAUCAAAUUGAAAACUUGUCAAAAGUAUUAUCAACAAUUAGUUUUGUAUGUUCAAUUUAUAAUAUAUUAUCAUUUGGAAUUUUAAAAAAAAAAAAAACUAAAUAUACAAUUUGUAUAUCAGCACUUUCAGCAUCAGUUGCAUUGAUCAAUCUUGGAGAUAUCAUAAAGAUUGGGGUUGGUUAUGAAAAAGUACUAUGUCCAGAACCAGGUAGAUUUGCAACACAAGUAGAUGAUCCUCUAUGUGGAUUAACCGCUGCAUUAUUCCAUGUUGGAAUUUGUAGCACUGUAUUAUGGACUACAACAAUGGCAAUUUAUUUAUAUUCAGCAAUUAAAAAUAUUAAAUUAUUUAAAUUCCGUUAUUUUAUAAUUUUUAAUACUGGAUUUUCAUUAACAAGCUUAAUAAUUGCUGCAUCAGCCUCAAAAUUCGAAGCUGGUACUGGUUCAAUAGAAUGUUGGAUUAGAGAUAGAUGGUAUUCAAUAUGUUUAUUCUGGCUUCCUUGUGGUAUUUGUUUAUUAAUUGGUACAAUUUGUAUUGCUUCUGUCAUUGUUGAAAUUUAUAAAGUUUCCAAGAAUAUUAAAUUAAGUGAAAGUGAAACAAUAAUGAGACAAAUUAAACCAAUUAUAAGUGUAAUUUUAGUAUCUGGAUCAUUUACAUACCUUUUUAUAAUAUUUUUUGAUAUUGAAAGAAACUUUGGAGGAUAUAGAUCAGCAGUGACUGAUUAUGUUUUAUGUCUAUUAAACAGUACUGAUAAUGGUAUAGAAUGUCAUACAAGUGGUCCUAGCUAUAAUCCUUAUUUUAUGUUUUACUUCUUUAUGAGGUUUUUUGGAAUUCUAUUCUUUUUAAUUUAUGGCACUUCAAAAAAUGCAAGAGAUUCCUGGUAUGAAUUAUUUAUAAAAAUUAAAGUCUCUCUUAGUGAAACCUCUUCAACAAUUAGUAAUAAUAGUGGUGGUGGUUCUAGUCAACAAAAACAACAACAACAAAAUGAAAUAAAACUGGAAAAAAUUUAA